AUGUCCCCGUCCUCUGUAUUCCCGGGAUUCCACACAGAGUGGAAUCCUCGGGGAUGAUAAUGUUGUCGUUAAAAAAGAGUUUAAAGAGGAGGAUGAGGAGUAUGGAGUGAUAGAGGAGUUUUCUGAGGGCCACACGGAUUUCUACAAGCACGUCAAGAUGGAUCCAACUAGUAACAAAAACCCACCAGAGAGAUGUCCCCGACCUCUGUAUUCCCGGGAUUCCACACAGGAAGGUCACACCAUCCCUCACCAUCAUCAGGGUGAAGAUCUGAUGAUCAUGAAAGUUGAGUGUGACGUAGAAGAGACGUAUGUGAGGGAUGAUCAGCAAUAUACGGAGGAGGCUGGAAUGACGAGGACAUUCAUAGAGGAGGACACUUCUACAGAGAUCAGCACAGGACACGCCAUGGAGAAACCCUCAAAGGAUCGUCUCACUUUAUCUCCAGCUUGUAAAAUGGAAGACGAGGACAUCACAGGAGAUUGUGGAGGAGAAAAGACAAUAAGCUCCACUAUGGAUGGAGGACUUCACAGUGUGGAUAGACCAUCGGAUCCCACUAACGAACCUCAUUUUCUGAGGGAUGAUGCUGGAAGUCCUCAUAUUUCAGUACUUAUCAUACAUGACAAAUCUCACGCAGAAGAGAAGCCAUAUUCCUGCCCUGACUGCGGUAAAUGUUUUUCACGAAAGUCCCAUGUUUCUUUACAUCAGAGAUUGCACACGGGUGAGAAGCCGCAUUCCUGUCCUGAGUGUGGAAAAUGUUUUUCAUUAAAGUCCAAUCUUGCCCAACAUCAGAGACUACACACGGGAGAGAAGUUGUAUUCCUGCCCUGAGUGUGGGAAAUGUUUUUCACAGAGGUCUCAUCUUUCCAUACAUCAGAGGUCUCACACGGGCGAGAAACCUUAUGUUUGCCCUGAGUGUGGGAAGUGUUUUCCACAGAACUCAGCCCUUGUUAAGCACCAAAGAACUCACACGGGGGAGAAGCCAUUUUCCUGCCUUGAGUGCGGGAAAUGUUUUUCAAGGAAGGGCAAUCUUAUCACACAUCAGAGGACUCACACGGGGGAGAAGCCGUAUUCUUGUGCUGAGUGUGGGAAAUGUUUUUCAUGGGAUACCAGUCUUGCUAAACAUCAGAUAUGCCACGUGCGGGAAACUCAGUUUUCCUGUCCUGAGUGCGGUAAAUGUUAUUCGCGGAAAUCAGAUCUUGUCAAACACCAAAUUUCUCACACAGAGAAACCUUAUCCAUGCUCUGAGUGCGGGAAAAGUUUUUCAUGGAAGUCUGUUCUCACCAAACAUCGGAAAACCCACACAACCCUCGAGGUGAAUUAGUGUCCUGAGUGUGGGAAAUGUUUUCUAUAUGGAUCAUAUUUUGCCGUACAUCAGAGAUCUCACACUGGGAAGAAGCUCACCUUGAUAUACACCUCAGAAAACACGUGGCUGAGCGCUCCUCUGAUCUUUAUCAUGGAAGAAACACUUUAUAAGGAAAUCGGAGAUCACUAAAGACUUCAAAGUUC